AUGGGUCUCCUUAACCACGAAACGAACCCAAUAUCUUCUCUAACAGCCGCCUUCACCGCUUGGAAGGGUCUUCUCCUGGCCAUCGCUCUCGGUGCGUCUGUAGCCCCAGACUACGAUACCUCAACAUCUCUCUUCUUCAGCAUCGUACAUGGCCCGACAACACCUGUUCCUGCUCUCGCUACUCGUCUGACGAGAUGGGACGCGCUGUAUUUUAUGCACGAUGCGGUGAAGGGCAAAGUGUACGAGCAGGAGUGGGCGUUUGGCAUUGGACUGCCAGCCGUUGUACGUGGCAUUAAUGGGUUAUUUGGACUUGAAGGCUGGGAUGCCAUUAUAGCCAUUGCCAUCUCGCACGUUUCUCAUCUUAUUUCUGUUCUGGCGCUAUACCAGCUCACUAUUGUGCUAUGCAAUGAUCGGAAACUUGCAUAUUUGGCUGCGGUCGUGCAUAUUCUUUCACCUGGCGGCCUCUUCCUUUCAGCGCCGUAUGCAGAGAGCACAUUUGCAUGCCUGUCCUUUGUGGCCAACCUACUUUUCGCCUUGAGUGUGAAAGCCGGCCCUGACUCACUAAGACGCAAUAUUUCUGUCAUUGGAGCAGGAUUGUUGUAUGGGAUUUCCUGUGUGUUUCGAAGCAAUGGACUCUUUGGCGGCGUUCUCUUUGCGGUGGAAGCCAUCAAAGGUCUCACAGCACUUCUUGGUGGGUUCACCUUCUCCAAAGCUCUGAGGCUUGUUGCACCUAUUAUUGGUGGGCUGUUCGUUGCAGUUGGUUUUGUUGCGCCUCAGAUUCUGGCGUGGAUGAGGUAUUGCAAUGUCCAGGAUAAUGGAGAACAACGCCCUUGGUGUACACGCCCUCUCCCAAGUAUCUACACUUUCGUCCAAGAAGAAUACUGGAACGUGGGCUUCCUCAGAUACUGGACACCCAAUCAGAUCCCCCUCUUCCUCCUUGCAGCUCCUAUGCUCACAAUCCUCAUCAAGUCAGGAACAGAAGUCGUGCGAGAACCUUCGCGAGGCCUUCGUGCCAUGAUUUCUGGCACAGAUGAACAGUGCAGGCUGCUCGUGAGAACUCUAGCUGCUGUGCAAACUCUUCUCGCCGCCUUGGCCAUCACAAACUAUCACGUCCAAAUCAUAAGUCGUAUCUCAUCUGCGUACCCUACUGACCAGCAACCACCAGGGCAACAGCCGAAUCAACAACCAGACCAUCAAUCCAACGGAUCGACCUCCACUUCACAUAUUGUCUUUGGGCUGCCCACUCCCCCUCCGACUCCCCCUCCCUUGAAUUCUGGUCUUCCGCCUCCCCCGUCUCAGCCUCCUGAUACAACUCCUGGCAACGGAACUGGAAAUUGUAUUGAAAUGUUGGUUGAGACCAAGGAGGUUGAGAACGAGGAGGUUAAUAGACAAGAGCAGGACGAGACCAAGGAGUUUAAGGGACAAGAACAAGACGUGAUAAGGGAGUUGGAAGGACAAGAACAGGACGAGACCAAGGAGUUCAAGGAACAAGGACAGGACACAACCAAACCCAUUUCUCCUGCGAGUUUUCACUCGGACUCACUUUCACAACACUCUUUUCUAGCAAGUAAGAAGCCCUCUGAAGCAACAUCCGGCCUCAGCUCUACUGCCAAGCCUAUCUUGCCGAGCUUGAGAGCCCGUCGGGGUAACCUGCAGGCUAUUGCUCGAAACCAAGCGAGUAGAGCAUGCAAGCCUUGUUAUAGAUAA